GAGAAAUUCAAAUUAACUAAGAGAACACCGAUUGACCGACUGAUGGUGGUUACCUUCGAUUUUUGGGCGGAAAACAUCUGAAACAAACUUUGUCAUUAAAUUUCUUAUCUCCUCUGCAGUUGAUUAGGUUUGUGAGGUGAAAUGUCUAGCAGCUCAGACGUGAAGCCAUGCUCAUGGCAGAACAUGGCGCUGAGAAUAGUAGCCGGAACAGCAACGCACCCCUUGGAGCUGGCAAAAUUUUUAAUCCAAAUUGGACACGAACCCAUCGCACCGUACCCGACAAAGACUCUCUUUGGUCGGCCCACAUUAGCACUGCCCAAUGUGUUUCAAUACUUGAAGCACGUGAAACAGGUCGAUGGCAUGGCCGGCUGCUACCGAGGCCUGGUCCUCAAGCUCACUUCACAAGCUGUGUUCAGCUACACCCAACACUGCGCAGCCGAAGUUCUCAAAACUCAUGAAAUCUUAAUUAAUGAGCCUGUGCCAUCAAACAAGAAAGACGUUGCGCAGCAUGAGGACAAUAACGAAGACAGUGAGGAAGAGGAGGAGUACGAGGACGGCAUCUACGACGAGGAACUACCCAUGGCCGAGAGGAGAACCAGAUUUCUGAGAAACCUGGGCUUCAAACUGAGCUGCAAAACUGUAGCGAUCAUCGCCAGCCAGCCUUUCCAGGUGGCCACCUGCAGAGCUUUCGCACAGUUUGUCGGGCGAGAAACCAAGUACAAUGGAACGAUGGGCGCCAUCGUGUGCGUUUACCGCGAGAGCGGCUUCUUUGGCUUCUGGGCCGGCCUGACUCCAAGACUGCUCGGCGAAAUCACUGCGAUCACUUUGAGCUCGUCGCUCGUUUUCCUGGUGCGGUCCUACCUGUCGCAGGACAGAACUCUGAACAACCUAGUCUCGGCGGUGAUGGGCUUCCUAGCCUCUACGGUGUCAUACCCCUUCCACGUCGUGUCCAGUUGCAUGACCAUCAAGGGCUCCUCCCUGCGGGCAGCCGAGCCGCCCACCACGCCCUUCACGCAUACCAACUGGCUCGUCUGCAUGACGCGCCUCAGGGCCGAUGGCCAGUGGAUGAGGGGCUCUUCCCUGCUCUGGCGCUACUAUACCGGCCCCCAGGUCAUCAUUGGCAACAGGGCUGUCGCCCUGGAGCCAUUCAAAGCCGUCAAGUACUAAAAGGCUCGAUUUGUAUGUCUUACUGCCUCAGCCCUUAGUCGAGUAACUCUUGACAGGUCUUGAGUAAAUUUUAUUGAGCUUUUUCUUAAUGCUAUUUUAUGAUUUUUUUUUGUUUUGACAAAAAUCCGUGUAUUGUAAAGAAUAUGCGACAUUUUUUGUUAGUUUCCAAAUUAACAGACUCAGCAGACAGAGGCAGGCAGGAAGUUGUUAUAUUAAAACCGAAACAGAAAAGAAGAUCACUACUAGAAUCGCUCCUGUUAACUAGAUGUUCUGCGUUUGCUAGAAAAUUGUUUUCCAAGCAUUGUUAAGCGCAUGUUCAGUAUCUCGUAGCGCCUGUGUUUGACAAGAUUACAUUGUGAAGCACGUGUAUAUUUCAAUUUUAAGCAGGAACAAGUUGAACAUGGCACUUAUUGCAGUUGAAUAAAACUCAAUUUCAGAUUGCAUAAACAGAAA